UAAAAUGGAAGGAACUGAAUGAAGCUGAGAGACCACAUAGGGAGCUAUUAAAAUCGUCCAGAAGUAUGGAACCAUGGGAGAGCUUUCACAAUCAACAGGAGGACACUGAUAGCUGUACAGAAUCUGUGAAGUUUGAUGCUCGCUCAAUGACCACUUUGCUUCCUCCGAAUCCUAAAAAUGGCCCAACUCUUCAAGAGAAAAUGAAGCCUUUCAAAGCUGCACUGAUUGCCCUUUAUCUCCUUGUGUUUGUAGUUCUUGUACCUAUCAUCGGAAUAGUGGCAGCUCAACUCCUGAAAUGGGAAAUGAAGAAUUGCACAGUUGGUUCAGUUAAUGCAAAUGAUAUAUCUCCAAGUCUCACAGGAAAAGGAAAUGACAGUGAAGAUGCAAUGAGAUUUCGAGACGUCGUUACGGAACACAUGAGCAACGUGGAGAAGAGAAUCCAGUAUCUUUCAGAUAAUGAAGCCAAUCUCAUAGAUGCCAAGAAUUUCCAAAAUUUCAGUGUAACAAUCGAUCAAAGGUUUAAUGACGUUCUUCUCCAGCUAAGCUCCUUACUUUCCUUCACCCAGGGACAUGGAAAUGUAAUAGGUGAAGUCUCCAAGUCAUUAAUAAGUCUGAACACCACAAUGCUUGAUUUGCAGCUCAGUAUUGCAACACUGAAUGCCAAAGUCCAAGAGAAUGCAUUUAAACAACAAGAGGAGAUGAGUAAAUUAGAGGAGCGUGUGUACAAUACAUCAGCAGAAAUUAAGUCUCUGGAAGAAAAACAAGUGCAUUUGGAACAGGAAAUAAAAGGAGAAGUGAAACUGUUGAAUAACAUCACUAAUGAUCUCAGGCUGAAGGAUUGGGAACAUUCUCAAACACUGAAAAAUAUAACUUUAAUUCAAGGUCCUCCUGGACCUCCAGGUGAAAAAGGAGAUAGAGGUGCCACUGGAGAAGUUGGUCCACGAGGCAUUCCAGGUCCAGUAGGUCCUCCAGGUCUUAAAGGUGAUCGGGGAUCCAUUGGUUUUCCUGGAAGUCGAGGAUUCCCAGGAUCAGUGGGGAAGACCGGGAGGCCAGGAAAUUCUGGACCAAAAGGCCAGAAGGGGGAAAAAGGGAGUGGAAGCGUGCUAACACCGUCUAAGACAGUUCGACUGGUUGGUGGUAGCGGCCCUCACGAAGGCAGAGUGGAAAUUUUCCAUGAUGGCCAGUGGGGUACAGUUUGUGACGACCGCUGGGAAUUGCGUGGAGGACAGGUCAUCUGUAGGAGUUUGGGAUACCAAGGUGCUCGAAAUGUGCAUAAGGGAGCUUAUUUUGGACAAGGUACUGGUCCAAUAUGGCUGAAUGAAGUAUUUUGUUUUGGGAGAGAAUCAUCUAUUGAAGAGUGUAAAAUUAGACAAUGGGGUGUGAGAGUCUGUUCACAUGAUGAAGAUGCCGGGGUCACUUGCAAUACAUAAUGCACCAUAUUUUCAUUCACAUUUAUGAAAUUGCUGCAAAAUGAUUUUUUUAUUACUUUGCUUCAUUAAAAUCAGCUUAAUGAAUAUUUAAGAGAUUAAGAAUUUUGUCCACAGAAAAGGAAUAUUUAAAAAUCAGUGGAUAAACAUAUAAAAUACCUUCAUAAUUACUAUAUGUCUAUAUCUGAACCAUUCUAACUUCUCUAGGUUUUCAAAUUGAAUUUUUAAUAUAAUGACUUAUGUAUUGAAUUGAAUAUAUUGAAGUUUAAAACUUCUAGAUUACAAAUGCCGGUGAUAAUGGAAACACAUCCCAAUCACUGGCUACAAUUUAUAUCUUCACAAGAUUACAAUUUUUGUCUUCUUUGUAAUCUGUUUAGUUCAUUUUAAUGUAAAUACUUUCUGAAUAAUGAGAGGGUUGGAAAGUUUUCUUUUGUGCCAAGUUGGCAAAAUCUGCAAUCCAUGCACAUUUCUAAAGGAAGAAUCUUAUCCAGCUCUCAAGAUCUCUGUGCAAUAACUUAGCUGUUAGAUAGCAAUGUUCAUGAUAUGUUCUGGCCAUGAUGAAAAACUCAUCAUGCUUUACAUGCUCAUAUAUUGAGAUGGUCAUUAAUAACGUGGCUAAUAGCAUGGUCAUUAGCAAUAACAUGUUUAUUUGACAUGG